UCCUUAUCAGUGAUAAUCGGCCUUAUUUAUUGAUUAGUGUUUUUAGGGGGUGUUUUUCAUGUUUUCGGUAACUAGUAUACGAACUAGGUUGCACCCUAGAAGCUCCAGCUCCGAUUAAAAAUUAUUUUGUGACCAGGGAUAAAGAGACACUUUGCCAUGGCUUUGUCUACCUGGAUGAUGGGCCUGGCCGGGACCGUGGCUGGCCUGGCAGUCAUUACCAAUCUGCCCACUCGGUUAUGGAUGGCAACUGCUCCUGCCACUUUGUCACAUCUGUCUAAAGCCCAGUUGAUAACAAUUACAGAUGACAAGAAACGAAGAUUUAUGGCCAAAGAGCUGUGGGAGAAGAAUGGUGCUGUCAUCAUGGCUGUCAGAAGACCAGGAUGAUCCUUGUGCAGGGAGGAGGCUCUCGAGCUGUCCUCCCUCAAGCCAGAGCUGGACGCCCUUGGUGUUAAGCUCUACGCUGUCGUCCAUCAGGUUCUUGGAGUCGAGGAUUUCCGCAAGUACUUUAAGGGAGAAAUAUUUCUUGAUGACCAGCGAGUUUUCUAUGGACCUAAAGAGAGAUGGAUGCCAGCCUUGGGAAUGCUUCGAUUGGCCUUCUUUCAAAAUGUUUUUCGUAUUUACAAGAAGAAAAUAGAUGGAAACAUGGAAGGAGAAGGCAGACUUCUCGGGGGAGUGUAUGUGAUAGGUCCAGGUGAUCAAGGUGUUCUUUUUGAACAUCAGGAGAUGGAGUUUGGGGACACUGCGAAUGUAACAGAUGUACAAGCUUCUGCGAAGAGGAUUAAGAAAGAAUUUUAACUCGUUGAUGUCAAAACUCAGCCAAGAUAUUGCUGGAGCGAGUUCAUAGCUUCCAUUGCCGGCAUUGGAUAAUUCUGAAGGUGGAUUUAGAGGUCUGCCGCACAAUAUUGAAUUGAAUAAGAUGAAUGAGGUGUAGUAGGCCUAACUAUUUUCAUAUCAUGAUCUCAUAUGUAAAUUUAGACAAUCAGUUGCAGAUUAUGUAGCAUUUACAUAUUGUUAAAUCUAUCUCAGUUUGGUUUAGCGUGUAGUAAGUUAUUCAUAUCACUAUCAGUUCUUUCAUGCAUUUAUUCUUCCCUGGCAGUCCCUCUAUGUAUUUAUGAUAGUUCAUGGUUAAACUGUUCCUACAUGUACCAUGCUCUGGAUGUGUUCACAUAAUAGAUUCUGUUUAAUAGAAGUAUAGAUGUAUGAAAUACUGAUGGAAUGAUUUUCUUCAGAGAAGAUGCAUUUAAAAAGAUGAACUGUCAGAUGAGCCAUUAAAAAAGAUUGUAGUCAUAUUUUGUGAUUCGUGUACUGGUGUGUACUUGAAAACUGAAUUGUGUUCAAUGAUAAAUAAAUGAAUUAACUAAACAUAUUCA